AAUAAGUCCAUCCGUGAAAUUUCCUUGCUACUAAAUAAUCCACAGUCAACUGUUAGUGGUAUUAUAACAAAGUAGAAGCAACUGGGAACAACAGCAACUCAGCCAUGGAGUGGUAGGCCACGUAAAAUGACAGAACAGGGUCAGCUUAUGCUGAAGCGCACAGUGCCCAGAAGUCGCCAACUGUCUGCAGAGUCAAUAGCUAAAGACCUCCAAACUUCAUGUGGCCUUCAGAGAGCUUCAUGGAAUGGGUUUCCAUGGCCGAGCAGCUGCAUCCAAGCCUUACAUCACCAAGUGCAACACAAAGUGACGGAUGCAGUGCUAUAAAACACACCGUCACUAGACUCGAG